CGUACGCGUACCACCCCCGAACAACUGGCGGUUCUCGAAAAAACAUUUAGCGUCAAUCCGUCCCCCAACAACCGUGUUCGGGAACAGCUGUCACGCGAACUUGGCAUGUCGGAGCGAUCCAUUCAAAUCUGGUUCCAGAAUCGUCGGGCCAAGGUGAAAAACAUUGCCAAACGGUCG